AUGAUCUCGACCAAACUUCGGCCGCUUCAAGGCUGUGGUUUGCCGAAGCAGCGUCUCUCAUCAAUAUUCACGCCUGCCCAUCUGGUCCCCAAGACGUCACCCUUUACGCGUCCCCGAUCUAUCCUCGCAAAGCAACGCCUCAACCGCCCUGUCUCCCCCCACCUAACCAUCUACAAGCCCCAAAUAACCUGGAUUGUCAGUAUCGCGACUCGCAUAACCGGAGUUGCGCUCUCGGGCGGUCUAUACCUUUACGCAACAGCCUACCUCCUGUCCCCAACAGUGACAGGAUGGGACAUUGGCUCUGAGUCCCUGGUGAAUACCUUCGGCGGCCUCUCGCCUGCAUCCAAAUUCGCGUUGAAGUUCGCGGUCGCGCUUCCGUUUUCGUUCCAUAGCUUCAAUGGUGUUCGUCAUUUGAUUUGGGAUACCGGGAGUAUGUUGACGAAUCAGCAGGUUGCAAGGAGUGGCUGGACGGUUGUUGGGGCCUCGGUUGUUGCUGCCUUUAUAUUGGCUUCGUGGAGGCCUGCUGGUGUUGAUCGAGCUGUGCACUGA